GCCCAAUCCAUAUCACCAGAAGAAUCUUUUGGGGGUCAGUGAAACUCAGCUCGGCGGCGGCGGUGACCGGUGGCCAAUCUUCAUCAUCUUCUUUUUCCGGCCAAACUCAUAUUCAUAUCACAAGGUGUAGCUUGAUUUGCUUAAGUCAGUAUGGCGUUUGUACAAUUUAACGGACUUCGAUCUCUGCAAGUUUCUUCAUGCGAAAGUGUUGUUAACCCAUUUAGCAGACAGUCACAAUGUGAGACAUUCAACAGUAGAUGUUUUGCUAUCAAGGCUUGUAUUAAGAAAGCUGAUCAAGAUAUUCAUCUUGAAUCUAAGCUAAAUUCAGUAUUGGACAGUGUGAAAUGGGAUGAAAAGGGUUUGGCUGUGGCCAUAGCUCAAAAUGUUGACUCGGGAGCAAUUUUAAUGCAAGGAUUUGCCAAUAGGGAGGCACUUGCCACUACAAUUGCUUCCAAGAAAGCAACGUUCUAUAGCAGAUCAAGAUCAACAUUGUGGACAAAAGGAGAGACCUCACUUAAUUUCAUCAACGUUCAUGAUAUCUUCCUUGACUGUGAUCGUGAUUCUAUUAUAUACCUUGGAAAGCCUGAUGGCCCUACUUGUCAUACCGGAUCUGAAACUUGCUAUUAUACAUCCAUUUUAGACUCUCUGAAUGAACCACAGAUUGAACAAAAUAAUCUGGCAUUGACGACAUUGUACUCACUGGAAUCCACACUUGCCCGAAGAAAGGAAGAACUGUCAGCACCUGUACAAGGCAAACCAUCAUGGACAAAGCGUUUAUUGCUUGAUGACAAGUUAUUGUGCUCAAAGAUCAGGGAAGAAGCGGACGAAUUCUGCAGAACACUGGAAGAGAAUGAAGAUGAAUCACGAACUUUAUCAGAGAUGGCAGACGUAUUAUAUCAUGAAAUGGUUUUAUUAAUCCGCAGAGGUUUAAAAUUUGAAGAUGUUCUUGAGGUUCUUAGAUGCAGAUUUACUCAAUCAGGCAUUGAUGAAAAGAAUAGUCGCAAAGCAAAAAGCAUCAAAUGAUCCACCGAAGUCCUUAACGCCAUCAAUUUAUGGCGUUAUUGCUAAUUCUAUCCGAUUAAUGUUGUAUCUUAUCAAAAUUUCAGGGGACCUUUUGUGAGUGUCAUUUGGUUAUAAGAUUAUUGAUUUGUAGUCCUGACAUAAUUUGACACCAGAAAGUGUUGAUUGAUUUGAUGAAAACCAAGAUGAAUUCCCUGCCAUUAUCACCAA